AAUCCGUACAUUUCCUCCAACUUCGACACAAUUGGAAAACACAACACUUUCACACACACACUCUUUCUCUCUCACUUGCUUUCUCAGUUUCUUUCUUUGUUUCUUCCAUGGAGCUCUUCUCACUCCCUUCUCUGUUCCUACUCUCCACUCUCUUCGUUUUCUACAUCUUCAAGUUUGUUUACAAAAGAAGAAACCAAAGAAACUGCUUCAUGCUUCACUACGAGUGUUACAAGGGCAUGGACGAGAGAAAACUCGACACCGAGACUUGUGCUAAGGUCGUUCAACGAAACAAGAACUUGGGUCUUGAAGAGUACAGGUUUCUCCUCCGUACAAUGGCUAGUUCCGGGAUUGGAGAAGAAACGUACGGCCCAAGAAACGUUCUUGAAGGCAGAGAAGACUCUCCUACUCUCCGCGACGCUCACUCCGAAAUGGACGAGAUCAUGUUCGACACUCUCGACAAGCUUUUUCAGAAGACUAAAGGCUUAGUCUCUCCUUCCGAUAUCGACAUCCUCGUCGUCAACGUCUCACUCUUCGCUCCAUCUCCUUCUCUAACCUCACGAGUCAUCAACAGAUACAAGAUGAGGGAAGACAUCAGAUCCUUCAACCUCUCGGGACUAGGGUGUAGCGCGAGCGUUAUAUCCAUAGAUAUCGUGCAAAGGAUCUUCGAAACUCGCGAAAACGCUAUCGCACUCGUGGUCAGCACCGAGACAAUGGGUCCUCACUGGUACUGCGGUAGAGAUAGAUCCAUGAUGCUCUCAAACUGUCUCUUCCGUGCCGGAGGAAGCUCUGUUCUGUUAACCAACGCAGCUAGGUUUAAGAACCGGGCUUUGAUGAAGCUUGUGACAGUGGUCCGUGCCCAUGUGGGGGCAGACGACGAGGCCUACUCGUGCUGCAUACAAAUGGAGGACGGAGAUGGUCAUCCAGGCUUUCUCUUAACCAAACACCUAAAAAAAGCAGCCGGUCGAGCCCUAACCAAGAACCUCCAAGUUCUCCUCCCUAGAGUCUUGCCCAUCAAGGAACUGAUCCGCUACGCGAUAGUCCGUGCGGUUAAAAGAAGAAUCACCAGGAAAAGAGAACCCGGGAGCUCGGGGAUAGGUCUAAACCUAAAAACAGGGUUGCAACAUUUCUGUAUUCACCCCGGAGGAAGAGCGAUUAUAGAAGGAGUCGGAAAAAGCUUAGGGCUCACAGAGUUCGACAUCGAGCCAGCGAGAAUGGCGCUUCAUAGGUUCGGGAACACGUCUUCAGGUGGUUUAUGGUAUGUUCUUGGUUACAUGGAAGCUAAGAAUAGAUUAAAGAAAGGUCAUAAGAUACUAAUGAUGAGUAUGGGAGCUGGAUUCGAGUCUAAUAACUGUGUUUGGGAGGUUCUUAAGGAUCUUGGUGAUAAGAAUGUUUGGGAAGAUUCGGUCGAUCGAUAUCCAGAGCUAUCGAGAAUCCCUAAUCCUUUCGUUGAGAAGUAUGAUUGGAUCAACGACGAUACUAUGAGCUUCAUUCGUGUUGAUUGAUCACAAAUUUGACAAGUAACGACCAAUUGGUAUAGAAGUCGAUAUUUUUCGAACAGUAGUAACAAAGAGAUUGUGUACUCAAGUAAGUUGGCUGCAUUUACUCUGUCAGAUUUGUAUUAUUGUGGCUUACCCACUUAUGAGUAAGAACAGCAAUAAAUCUCAUGUGUGUUCACAGAUUGUAAUUGAAUUAUUACAUUGUCUUCUACUAUAUAUUUACAUUUUACACAACACACACAUAUAUUGAUCAUUGAUGUAUCAAACACUCUGACAUUACCUUUGAAUGCAAAAUCAGUUUUCUUGUUAGACUGUGGAGCCUUUUCAUAAAAAUAGAAAACCCUGUGGUCCUCCUACCUAUUCCACUACAAGAUUAAGGGAACAUAGUUAGAACACAGUUUGUGUUAAUUUGCUCUUAAUACAUUUUACUAUCUUAUGUCACUACAUAUAUAUAUACUUAAUGUUAUACUUAAGAGAUAAGACACAAAAGUUUCAAAAUAUAUUUUAAAGUUCAAGAAACUAAUAAAAUGUUACAUUUACACACUAAUGCAUGCAUGUUACACUUUGCUCCUAAUUGUUAGUAUAUAUUUUCUGAAAGGAUUAAAAAGGAAAUAUUAGAAGUCUCAUUAAUUAAUUAAUUGGUAGAUUAUGAGGAGACUUAACAACGCGCUAUGUGUCGCGCGUGUUAUCUACCGCUUCUGGGUCGUUGAAAUAUUUUUAUUUUUACUUCUACACAUCUCGCCGCCGGGAAAAAAGCCGAGAGAGAUGGAGAGCGAAACCCUAGUUGAAUCGGCGAUAAGGGUU